GAAGGAGAAAACACCAUCGAAGAAGGACAAACCAGGGUCCAAAACAUUUUCCGGGUAGAUUAUAGUCGGCGGCUGUGUGUAAGCUGUCGUCGCCGGUGUUGGAGAGGACGCCGUCGUUCAGGAUGCUGCUGGUUUUGUCUGAGGACCAUAAAGAACAUCUGUCCUUCCUGCCCAAGGUGGACACCGCAGUGGUUGCAGAGUUUGGUCGCAUAGCACUGGAAUUCCUAAAGCGAGGAAGCAGCCCCAAGAUCUAUGAGGGAGCAGCCAGGAAGCUGUGUGUUCCUGUGGACAUGGUGCAGCAUGGAGUGGAAGGCCUGAUGUUCCUGAUGACGGAGAGCUCCAAACACAUGAUCUCUGAGGUGGAUUUCCUGGACUCGGUGCUAGCGUUGGGGUUUGGUGAUGAGCUUAACCAGAUCCUCUUACAGCUCUACCUGCAGCACCACAGUCAGAUCCGCAGCAUCCUGAGUCAGCUGCCCUCCAACCUGCCUGCCUACCACAACCUGGAAUGGAGACUGGAUGUACAGUUGGCGAGCCGGUCAGUCCGUCAGCAGGUCAUUCCCAUGCUGACGAUGCGUCUGCUCCUAACAAAGGGCAUCGACAGCCACAGUGACCACAGCAUCAGGGUUCUCCAGACAGACCCCAGCACCCUCCUGCACCUCAUCUCCACGCUGGAGGCCGCUCUAGCCGCCAUGAAAACCAGUCACUCACGGCGCAUAUUACGCAACAUCAAAUAAACCCAGAUCACCUUCUGUUUAAUAUGUGUGUGUCCUGCCACCUGUAAAACACCACAGUGCUGCCUUUACACCUGGAAAACAGGUGCAGUGUGGAGUGUUUUUUUAUUCUGUCCUGGAUGUUAAACCAUGUUUUGGCCCAUCUGAUUGGCAGAUGUGUAUAUGUGCCAAAUGGUAUUGGCUGUUGUACAUAAGGUUUCUACAGUGCUGCUGAUUUUGUAUUAAAGUGUAAGAAGAGAGAA